AUGAUUGAAAUCAUCAACCGAAUCCUAACAAAAAAGAAUAGCGCAGUGCUGACGUAUAUCUGCGUUGUCAGCAGAGAGGAAACCAGCUGGGGAUAUUUAACGGUCACAAUUGAGCCACUUCCUCCCGUUGUUGUGGGGGACGCAGUGACACUGAAAUGCAACUUCAGGACAGAUGGAAGAAUGCGGGAAAUUGUCUGGUACCGGGUGACAGAUGGAGGAACUAUUAAACAGAAGAUCUUCACGUUUGAUGCCAUGUUUUCUACCAAUUAUUCUCACAUGGAGAAUUACCGCAAGCGAGAGGAUCUGCUAUAUCAGUCAACUGUGCGGCUUCCUGAAGUACGCAUCUCAGACAAUGGACCAUAUGAAUGCCAUGUGGGAAUAUAUGACAGGGCCACCAGAGAAAAAGUGGUUUUAUCCUCAGACAACGUGUUCCUCAACGUAAUGUCUCCUCCCAUUUCUAUCGCUGUGAUUGCAGCAGAAUCACCUGCCCCAUUCAGCAGAUAUCAAGCCCAGAACUUCACUCUGGUCUGUAUUGUUUCUGGGGGAAAACCAGCCCCUAUGGUGUACUUUAAAAGAGACGGUGAACUUAUUGAGGUCGUACCAAUGGUUGAACCUCCUGCUUCUGUGGCUGGGUUAAUGGACAUUAGAGCAUCAAGGAAUCUACUCAACCGUGAUAUGGAUGAUACUAAAAGACAAAAGUCACUUUCGCUCCUGGAUACAGAGGAUCGGGGUUUCAGUCCUUUCACGGAAGACCCCUUCCGAAUACGUAAAGGAGAUCAAGGACCUAUAUCUAGCCCUGUUACAGAGAGUAUACCAGAGACAGUGGUCAGCUUGGAAUUCCCCCGUUGGGUCCAUAGCACAGAUCCUGCCUAUUUCUUCCACCAAAUGAAUCUUCCAAUGAGCGAUGGUACAGUUGAGGUUCGAGCAAUGCUCACCUGGACCCUAAACCCACAAGUGGAUAACGAGGCUCUCUUUAGCUGUGAGGUGAAACACCCAGCACUGUCCAUGCCUAUGCAGUCUGAAGUCACAUUAGCUGCUCCUAAAGGACCUAAAAUAAUGAUGACCCCGACAAGAGCGCGUGUGGGAGACACUGUGCGCAUCGCUGUCCAAGGAUUCCAGAAUGAAGUUUUUCCUGAACCUCUUUUCACAUGGACAAGAGUUGGUGGACGACUUCUGGAUGGCAGUUCAGAGCAUGAUGGGAAGGAACUGGUCCUUGAGAGGGUUCCAGCUGAACUAAAUGGUUCUAUGUAUCGCUGCACAGCGCAAAAUCCACUUGGUUCUACAGACACACACACCAGACUUAUAGUAUUUGAAAAUCCUAAUAUUCCAAGGGGAAGUGAGGAUUCAAAUGGAUCGUUUCUCGUGUACAGCAACAACAGACUUGUUUUGGUGCUUUUAAUUUUGACAGUGAUCAUGGAACUGACGUGAAAAAAAGAAAGUUUGUUUAAUUUUCAAAGGACUCCACAAAGCAUUAAAUUUACUUCAAAGGGUUUUUUUUUUUGUUUUUCUUUUUUAUAUAAUAGCUCCAGUGUCGUUAUCGGUCAGUUUCUGUCUGUGUUUUGGCUUCCUUGAGCUGAUAAAUUAAAACAAAACCAACCUUUCCUCCUUAAAA